AUGGACGAGAUGGAGAUCCUUAAAAAGCUGAAAGAAAUCUCGGCACGCUCCAAAGAGCUAGAUUCAAAGCUUCUUGAAACAACCAGGUCCUUUGAAUCGUAUGCCGAUGCCUCCUCCAAAAUGGAAGCUAUCUCCACCAAAAUUGCAAGGGUUUUUGCCCUCUACAAAGACCUUGUCGGCUUAUUGAACAAAUAA